AGAAAGUUCUUAUUCAUAGCAAUGUCUGGUCCACAGUGCAGCGAAAACCCUCCGACCCUCACUCCAAGUAGCGGAGGGAGACACAUGGAGCAACUUGGUGGCCUCAAUGCCUACGUCGUCGGCUCGCAGGACUCCAAGCUCGCGAUCCUUCUUCUCUCUGACAUCUUCGGGUAUGAAGCUCCGAAUUUUAGGAAACUUGCGGACAAAGUUGCAGCUGCUGGUUUCUAUGCGGUUGUUCCUGACUAUUUCAACGGAGAUCCCUUUGCACCUGGGAAUCCCGAUAGGCCUUUUAUGGUUUGGCUAAAAGAUCAUGGAACUGAUAAGGGAUUUGAAGAUACAAAACCUAUAAUUCAAGCUCUGGAAAGUAAAGGCAUAUCUAAGAUAGGGGCAGCAGGCUUCUGCUGGGGCAGGUACGUUGUGGUUGAGUUAGCCAAGUGUGAGCUCAUCCAAGCUGCCGUGCUAGUACACCCUGCGUUUGUCACUCCUGAUGAUAUCAAAGGGGUUAAGGUUCCUAUUGCUGUGCUAGGAGCUGAGAUAGAUCGUAUGUCUCCACCUGAACUCCUCAAACAGUUUGAAGAGGUGCUCGCUGCUAAGUCCGAGGUUGACGGAUUGGUGAAGAUAUAUCCCAAAACUUCUCAUGGAUGGACGAUAAGAUACAAGGUUGAAGACGGAGCUGCUGCGAUGGAGGCUCAUUCAGACAUGAUACAAUGGUUUGUGAAGUUUGUCAAGCAUGAAACCACAUCGCACCUACAGUAAAUUGGAAGUAGGAUGUGAUUUUAUAGUAUGAUAUACGA